CCAGGAGCCAUGAGAUUCCUUGUGUACGUUUUUAAACUCAAGCAGCCUUUCGCAUUGUGCUGAACACUGCUUGCGCCCCAAGAAAUCUCAAGACUGAACGAUUGUCUUCAAGCGCUGAUGGUGGAGGCCUGAAUUUUGAUCUAUGCCCUACCUACAUCCAGCUGCCUGAAACUACUUAAUGGUCACAUGACCCUGGACAUGGAUGCUGUCCUGUCGGAUUUUGUCCGUUCCACAGGAGCAGAGCCAGGGCUGGCCCGAGACCUCCUGGAAGGAAAGAAUUGGGAUGUGAGUGCAGCCCUCAGUGAUUUUGAGCAGCUACGCCAAGUCCAUGCGGGGACUCUGCCCCCACCCUUUAGUGAAGGGAGUGGUGGUCCUAGGAUCCCUGAAAAGGGUUUUCCUGAUAGAGAGGCUACUCGACCUCCCCGGCCCACCCUUCAGCGGCAGGAUGACAUCAUUCAAGAAAAACGCCUGUCUAGGGGCAUCUCCCACGCCAGCUCCAGCAUUGUUUCCCUGGCUCGGUCCCAUGUCUCCUCCAAUGGUGGGGGUGGGGGGAGCAAUGAGCACCCCCUGGAAAUGCCCAUCUGUGCCUUCCAGCUCCCAGACCUCACUGUGUACAAUGAAGACUUCCGCAGCUUCAUAGAGAGAGACCUCAUUGAACAGUCCAUGCUCGUGGCCUUGGAACAGGCAGGGCGUUUGAACUGGUGGGUGAGUGUGGACCCCACCUGUCAGAGGCUGCUUCCUUUGGCAACCACUGGAGAUGGGAACUGCCUUCUGCACGCAGCCUCCCUUGGGAUGUGGGGCUUCCAUGAUCGGGACUUGAUGCUCCGGAAAGCUUUGUAUGCACUGAUGGAAAAGGGAGUGGAAAAGGAAGCCUUGAAACGGCGCUGGAGAUGGCAGCAAACACAACAGAAUAAAGAGUCUGGGCUGGUAUACACAGAGGAUGAAUGGCAGAAAGAAUGGAAUGAGCUGAUCAAACUUGCCUCAAGUGAACCCCGUAUGCAUCUGGGCACCAAUGGAGCUAACUGUGGAGGGGUGGAGAGUUCAGAAGAGCCUGUGUAUGAGAGCCUGGAGGAGUUCCAUGUCUUUGUCCUUGCCCACGUGCUCAGGAGGCCAAUUGUUGUCGUGGCAGACACCAUGCUGAGGGACUCUGGGGGGGAAGCCUUUGCCCCCAUUCCCUUUGGUGGGAUCUACCUGCCCUUGGAGGUUCCAGCCAACCAGUGUCACCGCUCUCCUCUGGUGCUUGCCUACGAUCAGGCCCACUUUUCUGCACUUGUGUCCAUGGAGCAGAAGGAGAACUCGCAGCAACAAGCUGUGAUCCCACUUAUAGAUUCAGAGCAUAAACUGUUGCCCUUGCACUUUGCUGUGGAUCCUGGAAAGGGCUGGGAAUGGGGCAAAGAUGACAGUGACAAUGUCCGAUUAGCCAGUGUAAUUCUAUCCCUAGAAAUCAAAUUGCACCUGCUGCAUAGCUACAUGAAUGUGAAGUGGAUCCCAGUGUCUUCUGAUGCACAGGCUCCCCUGGCCCAGCCUGAGUCCCCUACUGCCUCAGCUGGAGAUGAGCCUCGAUCUACGCCCGAGUCUGGGGAGUCAGACAAGGAGUCAGUUGGCAGCAGUUCUACCAGCAAUGAGGGCAACAGGCGGAAGGACAAGUCAAAACGAGAUCGGGAGAAAGACAAGAAGAGAGCAGAUUCUGUGGCUAACAAGUUGGGCAGCUUUGGCAAAACCUUGGGCAGCAAGCUCAAGAAGAACAUGGGUGGCCUGAUGCACAGCAAGGGUUCUAAGCCUGCAGGCUUGGGAACUGGAUCUGGGGUGAGUAGUGGCACUGAAACGCUGGAGAAGAAGAAGAAAAACUCACUGAAGAGCUGGAAAUGUGGCAAGGAGGAGGCAGCUGGGGAUGGGCCUGUGUCUGAAAAGCCCGUGCCUGAAUCUGUUGGUAAUGGAGGGAGCAAGUAUAGCCAGGAGGUGAUGCAGAGUCUGAGCAUUAUGAGGACUGCAAUGCAAGGGGAAGGGAAGUUCAUUUUCGUCGGAACCCUGAAGAUGGGUCACCGCCACCAGUACCAGGAAGAGAUGAUCCAGCGGUACCUUUCUGAUGCUGAGGAGAGAUUCCUGGCAGAGCAGAAGCAGAAGGAUGCAGAGAGGAAGAUCAUGAAUGGAGGAGUAGGGAGUGGGCCUCCUCCAGCCAAAAAGCCAGAGCCAGAUGGUGGGGAGGAGCUGGUGCCGAGCCCCCCAGCGGAGUCCAAGGCAAUGGCUUUCUCUACUGGCUAUCCUGGGGGGUUUACUAUUCCUCGGCCUUCAGGGGGUGGAGUCCACUGCCAAGAACCCCGGAGGCAGCUGGCAGGGGGUCCGUGUGGCGGAGGCCUACCACCAUAUGCCACCUUCCCCAGACAAUACCCCCCUGUGCGGCCCUACCCACAUCAGGACAGCAGCCCUUCUCUGGAGCCAGGCAGUCAUACCAAGGAUGGCGUUCACAGGGGUGCAUUGCUACCUCCUCCCUUCCGAGUGGCUGAUUCCUAUAGCAACGGCUAUAGAGAGCCCCCUGAACCCGAUGGAUGGGCUGGAGGUCCCAGGGGGCUUCCCCCAACCCAGACCAAAUGCAAACAACCUAACUGCAGCUUCUAUGGACACCCUGAGACAAAUAACUUCUGUUCCUGCUGUUACAGGGAAGAACUGAGGCGGCGGGAACGUGAACCAAGUGGGGAAUUGCUGGUGCACAGGUUCUGAACACGUGGCACCUUGGAGGGCAAAGGGGCUAAACAAAGAAAGAUAAGCUUAACAAAUUGGCUCAUCAAGACCCAAGCCCCCAUGUUGAUGGGGAAAACAAUGAUGUUUGAGGGAGCCUGGCUGGAGACUUUUUAAGUGUUUGUAUGCGCAGGAGCGCUGCUGCCAGGCUGGCGAGAGCAAGGCAGGGCUGAACGGUACCUCAAGGGCUGUACUAUUCUUGGCAGAGCUGGACUUGAUGGCAUGGGGGAAGUACAAGGGGAAAGAUGAUGGUUUUGUCUCAUAACACUUUGAGUCCUAUCCCAGGAACUCCCACCACGUUUGGGGUGGGAGGUGGGCCUAAUAACAGGCAAAAAAGAUUCUCAGUCAAUAAAGAAAUAAUAGACCAAAGUUCUGAUAGGUUGGAAAAAAGCACAUGUGGUGGAGGUGGGGAGCUGGGGGAAUCUGGGAGAUGAGACGAAUUAGCUAUUGAUCUGAAUGAUGGUAGAAAUGAGGGUUGAGUGUCUUCCUCCUGGAGGAUUACGAAAGGCCGCAGCAAUGUCUCUCCACUCGUGGGUGGUUGUUAGGGGAUGGGGUUCAUUUAAAUCUCAGUUGGGCAAGAAAAGAACUUCGAAGGGGAAUCCUUUUCCUCUCAAGCUUUAUUUCCUUAUAAGCCACCUGUCAUGUGUUGUGGUUUGAGAGGAGACUGAUGCCUAUCUUUUCCUUAUCCUUUGUAAGGGCUGAGUUCAGCUAACUUAAGAAGGUUGUUGUUUUGUAAAAUUUUAUUUUAUGAAAGGGAGAAGUUCCCUCUAGGGAAGGGAAGGGAAGGGAAUGAGGAAAAGACCAGCUGCGUGAGCUGAAUUUUCUCCAGGUGAACUAGUGUAGAGGUGAUCCCCCUGCCCCUUUGUGUUAAACUGCUUAGCAAUAACAUGUAUUGGGGGUAUAACUGCGCCUGCGGAGGGGUGGGGAAAGGGCAGACAUUUGGCCAGACUGUUUCAAACCAAACCAAAAAACUAAAUAGAGCACUACCAUCUUCUGCUGCUAUUGCUUUUCUGUAGAAAACAACUUAUUUUGUGGGCUAAUUUUUUAAAGGUAAAGAAAAAGACACCCCAAGCAAAAAACAAAACAAGAACCUAACACCUGCCCAUUUGCCCUAUUUAAGUAAUCGUUUCUCCUUCCUCUCUACUUUUGGAGAAUGAACUUAACAUCCCGACUUCUUUUGUUAAGCCAUAGCUGACCUUAAUCUGUGGUUUAUUAAAAUAAUACAUACUUUGUAAGAAGAGAUAUUUUUUAUAUUAGGACUGAUGUUGAAACACAGGGUUGGGUUAGGGACAAUUUAUAAACAGGUAGUUAGAGAAAUAUAUUUUAGUGAACUAUAACCACAGACCACAGAUUACUCCGAAUGAGCCGAUCUGUCUUUGGAUUUCUCCCUUUCCUUGACCCAACCCUUCGCUUCACGGGGUGGGAGUGAGGAUGUGGACACGUGGAGGGAGCUCCUUUGCAUUUUGCACAAAGCACAAGUCUGGAAAGCUUAUGCUCUGACCAGAGCCGAUUAUAAGAGCUUUAAACCAGAGGACCUAUCCUGGGCCAAUUUUCCUUUUUCUUUAUGUUUUUUUCUGGAAAAAUAAAAUCAACUAUGCAAUUGUAUACACUCCUGGGUGCAUGCAAAGACGAGGAAUAAGUGUACUUAAGGGUCCAGAGUGUGACUGGGGCUUUUUCUCUGUAUGUGGAUUUCCCUUGAGGCAUGUAGUCAUAACUCAUCCCCUGGAAUGUAAUCCCCCCACAGAUGACCUAAGCCAGACCGGAGUCGGGGCAGAGUAGGGGGGCUUAUUCCUGUCUGUAGCUGCCCCUUUUGCCAAUUUAGUUUUUAUCCCACUUGCAGCCAAGACUGGACGUCCUGGAUGCUUGUCCUCCACACACUUGAAUGUCUCUUUCCAGAUCUGAUAGUUGUCCAUGUAAUCAUUUCCUAUGGCUAUGAAACCUUGGGCUUUUACUUGAAACUAGUUUAGUUUUAAGGCUGCAGUGAAAUCAAAGGAAAUAACCAAGGGAGGAGGGGCAGCAGAUAUAUAUUCUGGGUAAGGCUGAGACUAAGGCUCACCUCAGGUGCAAAAUUUAAAAAGGUGCCCCAAAAGCUCAUGAGUCAAGAUAAAACACAUUUUAAUAAAAUAUUGUAAACAUAUGGGGAAACAAUGGUGAACAAAAUAGCAAAAAUUUAAAUAAAGACCGGAUCCAACAGAACUGCGAUAUUGUGAGGAAAGUGAAGCGGAAUGAAGCCAAGUAUAGAGAGAGUAUAAUCCUUCUUUUAGAAUUCUGGUAUUCUACUUUUGUUGUCUUGUUUUUUUCCCUACACUCUCCCCAACCUAGUGUGAAUUAGGUGAAGGUUCUCAGAGCAGAUCAUAGUUUUACAGUGACUAAUACGCAUUCGGAGUCAACUCAACCACUGUAAUCCUUCACCUAGUCCCACUCCUUCCUCCUCGGUCCCCAUUUCUAGUCCCCCUCCUUCCUCGGUCCCCUCUGAUCUUUGCCCUUAGGUCAGUGCUGCCCUUUUGAUCUCACAGGUUUGGUGGAGGUGAGUUCAGGUCCUAUCUGAAGGAUAAUCUUGAGGGCCCCUCUAGUCUCUUGUCUGACCAGUAACCUGGUCUCAUGACUGAGUUCUCUUCCACAUUUUCCUCCCACUCUUCCCAGAGCCUUCUCCUGUGAACUGUAAUAUUUAAGAUAAUGCAUUUAUCUUGACUACUGAGUGGGCACUCCUUAAACUUUGUGCUCAACGUGAGACCCUUACCUAGUCUGGGCCCCAUUCUGUAGAUAACACUAGUGAGACUUCCACCUCCAGCCCCCCCAGCAAACAUGCAAACAACAGGUGGCUCAAGCUCACACCUUGAGGUUGCAGAGUGGACCUGCUUUCCCGUAGGCCUUGGUGGCACAGGUGACUGGCUUGGACCAAUAUGAAUGCAAACAUAUCAGGGGGUAUCCCAGAAAAACCUGGGAGGUUUUAUUUUUCCUCUGGACUGCUGUGUUUGGAUUUGAUCUGUUAUUAGAUUCUAGUUGAUACUUUUUAUUUUUUAAUAGUUGAGGACAAAUGAACAAAAACAGAAACCUUGUAUGAUGCUUGUUUUUAUAAAUUAAUCCCAAUUCUUCUUUCUAAGGAAAAGUUGAAAUUCUGGGGACUGGCUUAGGGAUGAGAAUAGUACUACUGGGCUUUAGACCCUGUAGGUUAUUAAGUAAUUAUUUUAAUUUGAAAAGAAUUCUUUAUUGAGGCAUUUGAAAAGGGGAAAAAGGCCUAAGGAUGAUGGAUCUUGAGACAAAAGGUAUUUUUUUACAGGGAAAAAGUGAAGUUUGCUGUAUUCUCUGAGGGGGUUGAGUGGGGUAAGAGGAGCGCAGGAAACGUUCUUGGGAAAUUAAGACAGACGAGUUGGUUUGUGGUGUUUUCAGAGAAGGGGUGGACAAGACAAGCCCAUAUAAUUAUUGUCCAGGGGAGAAGGGGAAGGGGCACUAUUGACAUUGAUUCAGAGCGAGCAGAAGUCCCGUAGGGCAUAAGUGUGUGUGGGUAAAGGGGGGAGAAAAACCCAUAACCCUAGAUGAGGCAUAAAUAAGUGCACUUAGUCUUUUAAUCAAGGGCAUCUAGGGUACCUAGUGAGGUAAUGAGAGGGAGAGAUUUUCAGGCUUUUUAUACCCCACCCCCCGCUUUAAGCCCAUGCUAACCCCUCCAGUUUUUCCACCCCACUGCCAAAGGAGCAAGGGUACAAUAGGACGGGCCUGCAAAGUAACCCCUUAAGCCAUGUUAGUUUUGUUGAGAGAAGAUGUAGUGAAAUGUUUUCCCCUAAUAAUACUUUUAUCAACAAAAUGAAAAGAUAAUUUUAAAAGCAUAUAUUUUUAAAGCUCAAAUUUUUUUUGAAAAGGGAGUGGUGGUUAACACUGUUCAGGGCCUAGAAAGGAACUGUUCUGUUGGGUCAGACAAGACAAAAAUCAGCAGUGACUUCAUUUGGUAUGUUAGGGGAGUUAUACUGAGACCAAACGAACGAGUUCUGAAUGGCAUAAAGCCCACAUGUGCCAUUCUCUCUCCUAACCCAGGGCUCCAGGCACGUUUUUAUCUUUCCUAGAGAAGGAGCACUUAGAAUUGUCUGUUACACCUUUGGACACUGUGCCCUCCUUUCGCCAGUGUGCCCCCAGAUAUAACCACAGGUAAGACAGUAUUCGAAGCCCCUAUCCUGGCCUGGAAUCACAUAUAACAGAUUUUUUUUCCCCCUAAUUCUCUCCCUCCAUGCCUUUCAACUGCAGAUUUUGUGAGUCAUGCAGGCACUUAUUUUGAAAAUACCCUAUCUGCAACACAGGGUAUUUUGCCCCCUAUACUUAGCAAAAUAUUUAUUGUGAUACCCCCAUAUAGACUUUGUUCAUGCCACCGCCUUCGUAUGCCAUGUGGGUGGGUGGGGCGUGGUAGGGAAGAAGGGAAACUAGCUGAGAGGAAUGGGGGAUGGGGAGGCCCUUGGCCUCUGUGCUUUUAACAGAAUCUGACUCAUCUGGUGAGUCACUGAACUCCACCUCCCUCCUCCAGCCACCCCUCCCAGCAGCCUUCACUCCUGGCACAAACCUGCAACCAAACCAGGAUUCUGAAAAUGGAAAAAUCUGAUACAGCCUCCUGCCGCUCCACCCUUAUUUUCAUCCGCUAAGCCUCUGCUAGUGGGCAUGUCUUGGGGGGCGGAGUGAGAGGCGGUCCUGUUAACCCUCAGCUGCUGGUCCCUUUUGCAUUCCUGGCUGGGUACUGAUCCAGUCACCCAAUUUAUCUUUCCCUUUUGACAACCCCCACCACCAUUCCCUUGAUGUUGUCUCCAUCCCCACCCCACCCCCAGUAUUUCUCCGAUGCUCCCAGAUCUCGAAGGAAGAAUAGAAUGAGGCUCCUAAGUGAAGGGUGGAGAAUGCAAAUGAGAUAGUUAAAUGGUGGCACACCUCUUCCUGUGCUCUUGUUUUCUUACUGCAGUAGCCCUUGGGAAGAACUCCCUUCCCCAAGAAGUUGAGCUCCACAGAACGCAGGUGCCAGAAGGGCGUACAGUAGUAGUGCUGGGGUGCUUUUAAGACUUCUAGAAUCAGGCUUCUGGGCCACCUUGCUAGCAGGUACAUAUACCUCUUCAUUCCAGACUGACUCCCUAUCUCAUAUCUCCCUAUCUCUUCGUUUCCAUAGUUGCAGCCAAGGCAGGGAACUUUUGAAGCUGGAACCGGAAGGGGGUGUGUGCUGUGGGGAGGGAGAAUGGAGUGUCACUUUGGAAAAUGGAGCCCCCACCUAAAGAUGACUGCCUCUGUAUGGACUCGAGAACAAUAAAACAGCAGCUGAUUUAACUUUUUAAAA